AUGGACAAGACGGUGGCCGCUCGGCGCACUGAUCUGUCGAAGGAGACCGGGGCAACGUCGAAGAAGGAGCGCAUCUGCCAGUCCGAGGUCGAGAAUCGGCUGGCCACUGUGUUGCGGCGUCGCGAGGCCCUGGAGCAGGCUCAGCGGGCCCACGUCGAGUCGGUGGAGCAGCUCACGGAGGCAAAGGCGCGCUCUGCUGAGGCGCUGGCCACGAAGGACGGCUUCAACGAUGGGGCCUGCCGCGCUGCGCUUCGUGAGAAGGAGCGCGCCGAGGCUGCCGCGGCGGCCCGUGCAGCGGCGAAGGCGGGCUGGCGCCCCCGCCUGGCGGAACGCGUGCGGCGGGCGGCGGCAUCGACUGGAGUUGGAUCCAGGAGCACCUCCACGAGGUCUCUGAAGGCCUUGCUACUUUCCACGUGGAGGGAGAUGCGGAAGGUGGCCAUUCAGCAGCGUGCCGAGAUGGAGACGGAGGCCGAAAUGGCUUCCGAUGCUGGCGGCGGUCCUGGCGAUCGCCAUCCUCCUGAAGGUGAGCUUGGUGAGCUGCGUGAACUUCGCAAACGCGCAGCAAAAGCAGGACUCGAUGGCCCCGCCUCCGUGCGCUACGGCGAGUUCGUCAGCAAGCAGCCUAUGCAGCGCGCCACGAAGAAGGCCAGGAGGAUUGUGCAGCAUCAGAGCUCCCACACGUUUGUCGCUUUUUGUCAGGCGGCGGUCGUCCAGCUCGGUGCGAUCCCUGAGGCGCCAGCAAGUGGAGCAGUGCAGGCGCCUCAGCAGCAUGUUUAG